CCACAGCCUUCAGGAGUCACCAUAGAUGACCCCUUCGUCACAGAAAUCAAUACUCAGAAACUCAAGCUUUCUCAGAAACAGAAGAGACUGGUUAGUGGCGAUGUCCUAUUGGAACUCCAAAUGUCAGCCCCCAAAGCCUAUCUGCUUCCCUCUCUGCAACCCAAAGCACCACCCACUUGAAACAUGGCCCACCAAAUAGCUUCUCCUGUCCGGAGAGUGUGGCUUACUGAGGCCAAGUCCACCGGCUUCUGGGGUGGGAAUGUGCACACUUGCUACACCUCCUCUGAAAAGCCUUCUCAGAUUCCCCAACAGAGAGAGACUCUGCCCACACCCCUGGAUACCCUUUCCCAGCAACUCAGACUUGGAGUAGACUUCAUUUCUUCAUGGAGCCUGCGAUAUGCCAGGCACUGUGCUAGGUACUGGGAUGGUCCCACCAGAUCUGCCAAGGUCCUUCAGGGCUGUGACUUUUUGUCUUUAAGAUCUGCAUGCCUGAUCGGGCACUUGAUGGCUGGCAUAUGUGCUCCAUAAAUGCUUCCAGUAGGUAUGUGAAGGCAGGAGUAAAGGGAUGUGUCUCCAUUGAGUUGUUGGCUCUGGGUUGGAGUAGAGACUCUUUACCAGCCUCAGGAAAGUUCCUUCCUCCAUUCCUGUUCUUUAAAGUGUUUACCUAGAAAUGAAUGCUGUCUUAUUAAGUACUUUAAGUUUUUUGUUGAUAUGAUUAUAAGAUUGUCAUUAUUUAAUCAGUACACAGCCAUUGUCCAAAUCUCACAGAUAAAAAAAAAAAUUUGAGCAAACUUAUAACUCCAGCUCACAGUGGAGCACUGUGGGCUGUGUGUUGAUUUUUCUUGUGUGAGUGUGUCUUGUGUAGAGGAUUUGGGGACACAUGGACCACACAUUUUGUGAGGUUGGGGAGUCCCAAAACGGAGGUAAAGGGGGUAGUAUGCACUCUUUGCGGAGAACAAGUACAGCCAUGGCUCCACAAGACCCGAUGACUUGGGGCGCCCACUCCCAAUCCCCCCUCACCUGCCACCGACUCGGUGGACCUGGGGUGGGUCUCUCCUUCUCUUCCUCCUGUGCGGCGACUGCUAAGCUGUUCUUAACCACCAGAGGGCGCUGUUCCCUCCCGUCGACCCUGCACCCCGGGCCGCCCUCCCCAUUUUCACCUGCAGGGGGAAGCAGAGAGCAUGGAGCACCGUGGAGCGCCUUGGAAAGCCUCCUUCCAGCCACCGGCUUGCUGAGGCCUUCCCAGCUGUUGAUAACCAGACCAAGAAGCAGUACAUGUCCAGCAGUCAAAUCCUCCAUUGGCAGCCACCUGUCCCCAUGGCCCACAUACACCAGUGGCCACACCAUUCUGCAUAAUCGAAAGCCCUGUUCAGAUGACGGCCGGAAACGAGCAGGCUGGCAGCAGCAGCCCCUGGGCACUACCAAGCCAAGGUAUCUGGAGCAGUUAGAGAACUAUCUACGCAAGGAGCUCCUCCUGCUGGACCUGGGCACAGAUUCUGCUCAGGAGCUGAGGCUUCAGCCUUACAGAGAGAUCUUUGAGUUCUUCAUAGAGGACUUCAAAACGUACAAGCCAUUGCUGUCCUCCAUCAAGAAUGCAUAUGAGGUGAUGCUGGCCCAACAGAAGGAGAGGAUUCGGGCUCUGGAGCCCCUGAAGGCCAAGCUUGUCACUGUGAAUGAUUACUGCAACAAGCAGAUCCUGGCCAUGAGGGCUGAGGAGAAAACCGAAAUCUCCAUGCUAAAGAAAGAGAAGAUGAAUUUGCUGAAACUCAUUGACAAAAAGAACGAGGAGAAGAUUUCAUUGCAGAGUGAGGUGACCAAACUGAGGAAGAACUUGGCUGAGGAGUACCUGCGCUAUCUCAGUGAGCGAGAUGCCCGCAAGGUCCUCAUCGCAGACCUGAAUGAGCUACGGUACCAGCGGGAAGACAUGUCACUAGCCCAAUCCCCAGGCAUCUGGGGGGAGGACCCCGUGAAGUUAACAGUGGCCCUGAAGAUGACCCGCCAAGACCUGGCCCGCACGCAGAUGGAACUCAACACCAUGAAGGCCAACUUUGGAGAUGUGGUGCCCAGGAGGGACUUUGAAAUGCAGGAGAAGACCAACAAGGAUCUGCAGGAGCAGCUGGACAGCCUGAGAGAUGACUACAAAGAGGUCUGCAAGGAGCACGAGAUCCUGCUGCAGUUGCACAUGAACACGCUGAAAGAGCGGGACCAGUUUUAUUCUGAGCUGCAGGAGAUCCAGCGCACCUCCACACCACGGCCUGACUGGACCAAGUGCAAAGAUGUGGUGGCUGGGGGUCCAGAUCGCUGGCAAUUACUGGCCAAGGGCAAGAACAGCGACCAGCUGGUGGAUGUGCUCCUGGAGGAGAUUGGCGAGGGGUUGCUCCAGGAGAAAGACUUCUUCUCUGGUCUGGGCUAUGAGGAGUCUGUCCCCCCUUUCCUUCGAUUUGAUGGUGUUGUGGAGAAUAAGAAGCCAACCAAGAAGGAUGUGAUAAACCUCCUUAGGGAUGCCUGGAAGGAACGUCUCACUGAGGAGCAGAAAGAGAAGUUCCCAGAUUUCUUCUUCAAUUUCCUGGAACGUCGCUUUGGGCCUGCUGAUGCCAUGGCCUGGGCUUACUCUAUUUUUGAAAACAUUAAGCUCUUUCGCUCCAAUGAGAUCAUGGGUCAGUUCUAUGCACUCUUGAUGGGAAAGAGGAGCGAAAGUGUGUACAUCAAGCAGAAGGAGACAAUAGCAGAGCUGCUGAAGGAGAUGACAAAUGUUGACAGUCAGAAUGAGGGGCUACUAACCAUGGAGCAGUUAAGGACUGUCCUCAAGAGCACCUUCCCCUUCAAGAAGGAAGAGAAAAUUCAGGAGCUAAUGGAAGCAGGGGGCUGGCAUCCCAACAGCAGCAAUGCAGACUUGCUCAACUACCACUCAUUGUUUAUAGAGGAUGAGGAGGGCCAGAGUGUGCCCUUUGUGCAAAAGCUAUGGGAACAGUACCUGGAUGAAAAGGAUAAGUACUUAAAGGAGCUAAAGCAGCAGCUGGGCCUGGAACUCCGUGAUAAGGUGACCCUACCCAAGGUACGUGAGGCCCUGAUGAUUAUCGAUUCCAAACUGGACAAGCAAACCCUGAACAGCUAUUUGAGCCAGGCCUUCCAGCUCCCUGUGACAAAACUGCCAGAGGAGGGUGAAGAGAUGGAAGAGGAUAUUGUGAUAUUGCUCCAGACUGCCCUGGAACGGCUUCAGAUGGCUGACAUCAGGCGCAUGGGGCCUCGAGAGCAGGAGCCUGCAAACUAGGGCCACUAUGGGCAGCUAAACCUUGACUUUUAGUAUAAAAUUGUUUGUCUGAACCCAUGCUAUUCUCCCAGUUAUGCUGGGGAGUCAAGGGGAGGGGGUUGGUUCCUGCCUGGCUGGCCCCAGGACAUGUACCAAAACAUGGCAUAUUCUGUU